AGAUCCAAGCUGACGGUCGUUUUUUUAUCAAAACAAUCUCAAAAGAAUUCUGAAUGCGAGUUUCAGCUUGCUCAUGCGAUAAAAAGACUAACAGAAACAAAGUACAUGCAUAGAAUCGUUGUUGUCAUGGUGGAGUCGUGUAAAAUUCCGAAGAACCUUGGACAUUUCAAAAUUGUGUAUGCUUUUCAAAAUGGUAUAUUUGAACGCAACGUUUGCCGCUUAAGGGAAGCUAUCGAAGCACCUCGUGAAUCGUUUACGCGACUUGAUGUUUUCUGGAACAAUCAUCCCAACGUCAAACAAACGGUGAUUGGUACACCGAAGCUGCAGCCUACGAAGCUUCAGGGAAUACCAAUCAAAAUUUCACUGUUGGAUAUAAUAAGGCAUCCUCGGAAAGUUAUCGAUGUUCUUAAGAACUUUGAUGUUCGAUGCAAUAAACAAGGAUGUUCAUUCAGAUGUCCCGGGAAAAAUCUCAAAAAGGCCCAUGAACACAUCAGAUCAUGUAAAUACGAAUUGCUGCAAUGUAGAUACUGUAAGCAAAGUGUGUCUCGUAAAAACAUUAAGAAACACGAAAAGAGAAAAUGCCGACGUCAAAUCAUGAUAUGUCCAAACAAAGGAUGUGCCUUUCUGGGGUGUUACGCUGACCAUGAGUCUCAUAAUAGAUCUUGCGAGUAUCGGAUGCAAAAAUGUCUUAACAGUUGCUAUGAAUGCAAAUCCGUUUACCCAUUGAAAGAUAUCAUAAAACACACACAAGUUUGUGAUUAUGAGAAGUAUAUCUGCACUGUUUGCAACAAAGAGCUGUUUAAAAUUGAUUUAGAAAGACACAACUGCAUUAACACUUGUGAACAUGAAGCCGAAUCAAAAUCAUUGAAUACUGUGUUUAUGUUAAAGAGUAAUAUUUUUGAUCAUGAGAAACCCACACGUUCAUAUGAGGACCACGACAAAGCAAGCCCUUGCAGCUCGGAUCCGCUGGAACAAAAUAUGGAAAAACCUGAAAAAGAAAGCUCAAAAGUCGCAUCCACAGCCAUGCAUUUGUUGAGGAUUUGUCAAAAUGCUGCGUGUGAUGCAAAGAAUACGGUGGAAACAUGUGUACCCCAAAGUCCCAUCAUCAACCCUGUUCCUGAUUUCACUUGUCCUGUCAAGGGCAUUGAAGACAGUGACGAUGACCGAAUGACCUCUUCAGAUGCGACUGAUCAAACAACAAAGAUAGACGUAACCGGGAUAUCCAACAGCUAUAUGAAUUGUAGAAGGCAAAAUACCAACAGCGAAACAUACCACGGCACACGAAAUUUGUUUAAUUCAAAUGGUGGAGUAAUGACAACCGAACGACGCCGGAUAUUUAACGCAAUAGGCGAAGAUCCUUACGAAUCUCCCGAGCCGCUCUGUAGCUAUUCAGAACAUUAUUUGUGACUGUGAUAUUGGAGUAACGUUUGGAGAUCGUUUUCUCUGUGUUUAAACAAUUAAAUAUUUGUUAAAACUGAACGGCCUAAAUAAUACGACAUUAUACUAAUUUUUGCAUUAA